AUGACAGAUUAUAAACCUGUUGUCACUCCAAUGACAUCCAAAUCUAAGGACCUGGGCACUUCUCCUGCUUUCUCGGAUCCUAAGCUCUAUUGCAGUCUAGUUGGGGCCCUCCAAUACCUCACUCUCACGUUUCCAGACUUGGCUUUCAGUGUCAAUCUUGUUGCUCAAUACAUGCACAAUCCAUCCCAGGCUCAUUUUCAAAUGGUAAAGCGGAUUCUUCGAUAUGUUCAUGGUACUUCCAAUCUCGGCUUUUAUCUCUUCGCUAACUCCACACUUGAUCUCUAUAUUUUUGUUGACGCUGAUGGGGCUGGCUGUCGAGAAACACGCCGCUCCACCACGGGUUUUGCACUUUUCUCGGUAAAAAUUGUAUUUCCUGGAGUGUAA